CUCCGAGAGAGUUGCCUCCACCGAUCCGCGGAUCGCGUCGAUCGUUUUUUUUCUGGCGGCGCCUCAACUCAUAAUUCCCAGCAGAAAAUAACAAAAAGUAAAAAUAGAGACCAUUCAACGCUUAUGGAAAUCUAAUUGAAAUGUUUACGGCUUAGCGGGCUACAGAAAAGAUAUACAGAAAUACUUGUGCAAAGGCGAAUAUAUAUUUUAAUGGCCUCCGGGAAGUGCAUGCAAAUGUGGUUGGUUAUUUGUUGACUCGCGGAAUAUCCAAUAGAUACCAAAAAAAAAAAUACAAGUGGCAAAAAUACAAGUGGCGUGUGUGUGCAGUGCGAGUGCGAUUGUGUGUCUAUAUGGUCUAUACGAAAUAUGCAGACAUCGGUGUAGCCAGCAGAUCGACAUUGUAAUAUCAUGGAGCUGAGCAACUUUUCGAGCGGCAAGAAGAUGUCACGCGAGGAGCGACGCUACUCGGUGCCCCACGGUCCCAAUACUCCGCUGCCACCGGCGGCAUCCGAAGAUCUGCACGCCUGGUCCAUCUACAGGCAAAACCUGAACUCUGACUUCACCGAUUCGGCUCUGGGCUCGUCGGACAAAUCACCGCUGCCAUAUGGAAACUUCCAGCUACGCGAUACCACAGUUCAAUCAAUCUUAAACCAUCCGCGCUACGGACCCAAAUCUCCCUUGGGCUCAAAUAUGUACACAUACUUGAAGUUCGGACUGCCGCGUGUUUUCCCGCCCAAUGCCGGAUCGCAGCGCUCGCAUCGUCCUGGUCCGGGACCGGGAUCGGGACCAGGUCACGGGGGCUCCAGUGCCCUCGGAGGAGUGCGUGGCCGGGUGAACCGCGCCUUCCGCGACAGCUCGGGGGCACCCGCGGGCGCCGGGAGCAGUGGCUACGACAGCAGCGACAACGAGACAACCCGCAGCAGGGUGCCGCCCAAUCUGCGCAAGUAUCGCAGCGAGUCCGACUUCCGUGCCAUCGGCGGCAUGCCGCACUCGCGUCCAGAGUCGCGUGCCCAGAUGGGAGGAGGAGGAGGCGGAGGAGUUCCGGCUGCUGCACUGCGUCAGGCCAACAGCCGGGCCAGCAUUGCGGUGGGCCAGCACCACCACCAGAUGCAGCAGCACCAGCAGCAGUACAUGGGCAACGGGAAGCACUACGGGCACAGGUCGCACAGCGAGGCGGAUCUCCUGGGGGCAGGGAUGAGCCAGGUGGAUGGUGGUGGUGGCCUGGGCUACGACUACAACGAGGCCCGGCUGUACGGCAGCUCCAGGCAGUACGGGAACGGAAACGGAAAUGGUCACAACCCAGGCAGCCGAAAGCAGUCGGGCAUGGGCCUGAUCUACCCGAACAUCCAGGUGCACUGCCUCGACGUGAAUCCCUGCCUGCGCGGCGUGUCCAUGCAGGCCAAGGCCGGGGAUCUGUUCGCCAUCAUGGCCACCUCGCAGCGGGAGGGCAGCGCCCUCUCCGAGUGCUUGGCGGGAUUGACGGAGCGCCUGGGCGGUGAGAUUCUCAUCAAUGGCCAGCAGGUGAGUCGCCGCGGUCUGCGGGAGCUAUGCAGCUAUGUGCCGGCGCUGGAGGUCUCCUCCCUGGAUCCCCGGAUGAGUGUCCAGUGCACGCUGAACUUCCACGCCGCGCUAAGAGGUCCUCUGGAUCGCAGCGAUCUGGAGGAGCGCAUGGAUGUGCUGAUCGAGGAUCUGGGCCUGAACACGGUGCGUGCCUCCAAUGUGUCCACUUUGACGCACUCGGAGAAGCAGCGUUUGAGCGUGGCCUGCCAGCUGCUGGCGCAGUCCUCGCUGCUCAUCCUCGACCAGGUGACCAGCAACAUGGACAUCUUCGACACCUUCUUCCUGGUGGAGUACCUGCGUCAGUGGUGCAGCGGCGGGCGCAUCGUGAUCAUGACACUCCAGCCGCCCACCUUCGAGAUCCUGUCCAUGUGCUCCGGGGUCCUGCUGCUCUCCGGCGGCAGGACCGUCUUCUCCGGCAGUCGAGCUGAUUUGCCGCGACACAUGGGUCAGCUGGGAUAUCCGUGUCCGCCGUUCAAGAACCCAGCGGAUUACUACUUGGACUUGGUCACCCUGGAUGACCUUUCGGCGGCCGCCAUGCUGGAGUCCUCGGCCCGCAUUGAAUCCCUGGCCAAUGCCUGGGAUCAAAUCAACUCGGAGCCCCCACUGGCCGCCCCGCCCGCCUCGCUGCCCAACUUCACCCUGAAGGCGGGCUUCUUUGGCCAGAUCAGCGCCCUGAUCAAGAGAUUCGCCGGCUACAAGCAGCCGGGAUCGCUGCUCACCUGGAUCAGCAAGCUCAUCGCUGCCGCCGUCCUGUCCCUCUGCAUCGGCUGCAUCUUCUGGGAUGUGCCCGCCUCCGAUCCGCAGCUGAGCUACCACGACCGCCUGGGCUACCAUCACUGCGUCAUGGUGCUGGUCUACUGGCCACUGGUCAUGCUGACCAUCAGGGACACGCAGGAGGAUCGCCGCCAUGCGGAGCGCGACAUCCGCCUGGGACUCUACACGCGCAGUCUCUACAUCAUUGUGCAGAGUCUUUUGGGCCUAUUUCCUAGCCUGUGCAUCUGGUUGGCUUAUUUGCUGCCAGCCCACAGCAUGGCGGGACUAUACACCUACUCAAACAGCAGCGAUACGGGCAUUUACCUGUACAUGGGCUACAUGCUCCUCUACUUGACGCUCAUCCAGACACUGGCCCUGUUCUGUGCCCACCUGCUGCCCUGCAAGGUCUCGGCGAGCAUUGUCAACGGGCUGAUCAGCCUGGCAGUGGCUGCCGUGGGUGGCUACCUGGUGCAUCCCCAGAACCUGGCCGAGUUCUGGUCCUGGCUGCAGUUCGUCUCGCCGGAACGAUGGCUCCUGCCUGUUCUGGUGCAGGAUGAGUACAGUGCAGAGACCUUGUCCAACUCCGCCGGACUGCAGUUGUGCCGCAACAAGCAGGUGCAGCACCAGGAAAUUAUUGUGCAGCAGCCCUGCCCGCCGCCCAACGGCACCCAAGUGCUAGUCGACUUCGAGCUGCUGCCCCAGCAGCACGUGCUGGAUCCCACGGCCAGCUAUGACCAGACAACCUCGGUGGCCCUGGUCCUGGGCUCGGUGCUCGUCUUCUUCGUCACCUUCAUCGCCUUCUUGUGCAAUUGUCGCGGCGCCUGUCGGAGGCAGCGUAGCCGAUAG